GAUUCGUUUGAUUGACCUUAUGUUUGAGCGGAAUUUCAAGCCACUGGACUACACGGUCAGUCGUAGGCUUUUAGAUUCAAUGUUGUCGAAGUAUGAAGUUAGUCAGGUUUUCUACCAUAUCUAUUCGUGGUAUGACAUGCAAUUCAUGUGUCCAGCUUAUUGAAUCAGUCAUCAGCAAGCAGUUCGAUGUGAUUUUUGUCAACAUCUCACUUAAAUCUGAGCGCGCGAUUAUUAUCUACGAUGAAGAAAGCAGUAUUACUCCUGAGUGUCUUGCAGCCACCGUCAAUAAUAUGGGUUUUGAAGCAGAACCAUUUUAUGAAAGGGAGACAUUUCCUGAAUGUUUAGAUAAAACCAAUGGUAAAGCUUUAGAGACGUGUUUAUAUGUUGAAGACCUCAUUUCCACUGACUGUGAAGAUAGGAUUAAUCAAUCUCUUGUAUGUUUGCCUAAUUUAGUCACUUUUCGGAUUAAUACAUCAUCUUCUACUGUAGAAAUAUGGCAUUUACAGCAAGUAACAACAUCUGAUUUAAUAGAUUGUAUCAGUAAGGCAGGAUUUAAAGCUAUUACGAAACCUCAAACAGUGUCUAUGUGCACAAACGUUUCAACUUCAAAUAACAGUAGAACUCCAUCAAUGAAAUCUGAACGUCUGUCAACUAUUCAUCUAUCUAGCAAAGCAAAUUUGCAAAGUUUUCAUCAAAAUCUUUUGAUUGUCAAAGUUGACGGAGUAAUUAACACUAUUAAAUUCCAUGAACUACUUCAAGCAUAUCAUGAUUCCAUGAAUCUUUCAAACUGUGAUUUGCAUGUUUUGGCUUCGUCUCAGAAUGGAAUGUUGUUAACUGUUAAUAUUUUAUCUCCUAUUCCUUGUGACUCUUCAAAUAAAGGUGUUCGGUUAGUUACAGUUGAUUUAAUGAAACAAAUUUCCGACUUUUUAACUUCUAAACAAUAUCCAGCUGCUCAGAUAAAGUUACUUAAUUCAGUUACAAAUAAUUCUGAAGUGUAUAGUGUUUCUAAUCAUGGUGAUCAAAAUGCGACAAAUGAUCACCCUUCUAGAGACUAUACAAGUAAACUGAAUAGUUAUGAAAUCACUGUUUCCAUAUACGGAAUGCAUUGCCAUUCAUGUGUACGAAAAAUCGAAUCGUAUUUCAACGAAGAAUCAGUUAAGCAACUAUACAAUUUGAAGAAUUGUUGUGUUUCACUAUCAGAUAAAGAGGGUAAAUUCACACUGGAGAAUUCAAAGGUACAAGCGUUAACCCAGGAUGAUUUGGUUCACAUCACUUCUGAUCUAUUGGAGAUUAAUGUUGACAAAAUACAUUUAGAAUUACAAAAGCUUGGUUUUCAAACAUCAUCUGUUACAAGUAAUUCAACAAAUAUGGACAUUCUUCCUUCUGAUCAAAAUGAUCAACUACAACUUGCAACUACAGUAAAUUAUUUAUCUGAAGUUCCAUUAAACGAUUAUCUACCUAAUACUAUUCCAUAUUCAUCGUCAUCAUCAUUACUAUUAUCUAAAAAGAAUUUGUGCACAAAUCCUACUACUACCACUACUACGUUAUCCAACUCCAAUGGUCAUCUAUCGACAUCCUUAUCAUAUCAAAGUAAAGGAAUAAAUUUAAAUGUACAUUAUGAGAAAUGUUAUUUAAAUGUUACAGGAAUGACUUGUAGUUCAUGUGUACAUAUUAUUGAACAGAAUUUAUUAAAAUUAAAAGGUGUUCACUCUGCUUUGGUUGCAUUAAUUGCUAUGAAAGCAGAAAUCGUCUAUGAACCUACUUUAAUCACUGUUAAACAAUUAAUUAAAAAAAUUGAAGAAUUAGGUUUUUCUGCAACAUUGUUAGAACAACAUGAUAAUUUACAUGGAAAUACUGGACGGGGAACUAUUCAUUUCACGAUCCAUGAACUAUCAGCUAAUCCUUCUGAAUACACAACAAUUGAAUCCACAUUAAACAAAUCUAAAGGUGUAUAUAGUGCUGCUUUAGACUCAAAAACCAAAUGUCUUCGUAUUGUAUAUAAUCUGAAUGAAAUUGGACCUCGUGAUCUAAUAAAACAAAUUGAAAAUUUAGGUUAUCAACCAGUUUUAUGUCGACCUGAACAGAAUUUGCAUGAAUCAAGUUCCUUACUUAGAUGGCGUAGUUCAUUUUAUUUCAGUUUAGUUUUUGCUAUUCCUACAAUGAUGACUAUGAUUAUUUUCAUGUUAUUAUGGCCACAUUAUGUACCAGAAAGUUGUCCAGUACAUUUUCGUGAAAUAUCGAUUAAUGGACAACAACAACAGAACCUUCUAAAUUAUUCGAAUAUUACAAAUGAACAUACAAUACACUAUUUUACUACGCCUAUGAUAAUACCUGGAUUGUCAGUUGAAAAUAUGCUAAUGUUUUUAUUAGCCACACCAAUACAGAUAUUUGGUGGUCGUUAUUUUUAUAUUCAUGCAUACAAAUCAUUAACACAUGGUAUAGCAAAUAUGGAUGUUUUAAUUGUAAUAGCUACAACGAUUGCAUAUUUAUAUUCUGUCGUUAUUUUAUUAAUUGCAAUAUUGAAUCGCUGGCAGCAUAGUCCACGUACUGUAUUUGAAACAUCACCAAUGUUACUCGUGUUUGUUUCAUUAGGUCGUUGGUUAGAGCAUAUUGCAAAGGGGAAAACAUCCGAAGCGCUUACUAAAUUACUCUCCUUACAUGCCAAAGAAGCUACUCUUAUUGACUUAUCACCAACAGAAAAACAGAAAUUAGAAGAUACCUUACAACAGCAAACAAAAAAUUUACCGACAAAUUUAUUUACUAGUGGAAUUGAAAAACGUAUCCCAAUUGAAUUGGUUCAUCAAAACGAUAUCAUCAAAAUUCUUCCGGGUGAAAAAGUUCCUGUCGAUUCGCUCAUUUUAAUUGGAUCCACAUCAUGUGAUGAAUCGUUGAUUACCGGAGAAAGUAUGCCAGUUGUAAAAAAACCAGGAUCAGAUUUGAUUGGUGGUUCUAUCAAUCUAGCUAGUAUUGUAUGGGCCAAAGCAACUCAUGUCGGUGAGGAUUCAGCCUUGUCUCAAAUCGUUCGUCUUGUUGAAGAGGCACAAACUUCGAAAGCACCAGUACAACAGCUUGCAGACAAGAUUGCUGGUUAUUUUGUUCCAUUUAUUUGUUUAGUGUCAUUGACAGUUUUUAUUUUAUGGAUCACUUUAGGCUUCUUGGUACCAACAACCAUAAAAGGCUAUGAACCUGGUUGUUCCAUUCCCCUGUUAGCUAUUGAUCAUGCGUUUCGUAUGGCUAUCACUGUAUUAACCAUAGCUUGUCCAUGUGCUCUUGGCUUAGCCACACCAACAGCGGUGAUGGUAGCUACCGGGACUGGUGCAUUAGCUGGUAUAUUAAUAAAAGGUGGUCAACCGUUAGAGAAUAUGCACAAAUUAACUACAAUAUUAUUUGAUAAAACUGGAACAAUCACUCAAGGUCGACCACAAGUUAUCCGUAUUGUCAUGUUUAUACCACCUAGUGGUGAAAUGGAGAGAUUCACAGAAGUAAACAAAAACCAAUCACCAGAUCAAAGUUCACCAUUAUCAAUCUCUUCAUAUAAACCUCAAAUCUGUUCAAACAUAUCACCUAGUCGAUUUUUAUACCUUAUCGCCAGUGCCGAAUCAACAGUACAACAUCCUGUUGCAAAUGCCCUACUUAUUAUAGCACGUACAUUUCGUCGAUUUGCAUUAUCAUUUAAUUCAAAUGAAUUAUUACUAAAUACAUCAAAAGAAGGUCUAAAUUAUCAGAAUACUUAUAAUAGCAAAAUGAAUUAUGAUUUAUCUAAUGACUUUGCAAAGAUUUCCCAAAUUAGAACUUCAUCUGGACUAGGUGUUCAAUGUAGUGUUGAUCUAUUACCGUAUGAUUGUCCACCAGGUCCGGCAUUGCCGAAACCUUUAGAUGUUAGAAGUAGUAAUAGUUUUAGCAAUCAGUAUACUGAAUUAGAUAUUAAUGCAGCAUUACAAAUGAAAUUAACUUACAUAUCAUGUAUGUGGCCGACAAAAAAUACGCCUUCCACUGAGAAUAAUCUUGUUGAUGGGGAUCAUAAUGAAUUUAAUAAUAACAAUAAUAAUAAUUUUCAAAAGUUUAAUGAUUUGUUGUCUGAUCAAUCUAUGACAUAUCCGGCUAGUUCUCAUUCCACAGUCAAUGAAUUAAAUGAAUAUCAGGUAUUAGGCGAUUGUAAAGAAGGUGUACAACAGGAAAUUAGUAUAAACAAUAAUAUCAUCACUUCUCAACAGCAACAACAAAGACACUUUUUAAAUGGAUCAGAAAGAAUUGAAUGGGCAGACUCCACUAAAGGUGGUGUUCAUUCUGUACUGAUUGGUAAUCGUGAAUGGCUAAAACAAAACAACGUAAUAUUGCCCAUCAUUUUAUCUAAUGAAUACCUGCCGGAUGGACGUGAAUCAAAUCGUCAAACUACUGGCUAUUGUAACAUCCCAACAUUGGACUCAUUAGUUGCAGCUGAUGAGUCUCAAGGUCACACUGUUGUUUAUGUCGCCAUUGAUAAUAUUCUAGUCGGUCUAGUAACAAUUUCUGAUCCAAUUAAACCGGAAGCUGAUUUAAUCGUUGCUGCACUACGUCAUCGUGGUAUACGUGUAGCUCUAUUAACUGGUGAUAAUUAUCGUAGUGCUAAUGCAGUCGCACAACAAAUCGGUAUUGAUGAAGUCUAUGCUGAAGUGUUACCUGGUCAUAAAGCGGAUAAAAUAAAAGAAUUACAAAAUUGUACAACUGUUCGUAGAAGAAAUAAGAGAAAUUCUACUAUGAUGUCGAUGACGAAGAUAAGAAAUAAAAAACAGAAUAAAAUGAAAACGAAAGAUUGUAUUUCAAAUAAUACUGGUUGUGUAACUAACACCGUAGGAGAUGAACCGAAUCGUCAAAUCUUCAAUUCGAAAAUAUCAAAUAAACCAAAUCAUUCCAAACUUAAAUCAUUAAAGAAAACAAUUCCAAAUAAUAAUAACAGUAAUGGUAAUUCAUCUUGUCAUAUAGAAAAUGAAUUGAAUUUAUCCAAUGAAGAAUUAUCUGAUGAUGAAUUUAAUCAUACUAUUCAAAGUACACAUGGUAAAUAUCAUGAAAAAUCUAUAAAAAAUACUUUAUCUAUUAAACAAUUCAUUAAACAAUGUAUUAGGGUGAUAUGUUGUUUUACUAGUCAACAUUAUAAUUAUUAUUCUAAUAUUGUAAAAUCAUCAAAUUCUUUAAGAAAACAUCAAAAUAAUUCUUUUCAUCAACGUCAAAUAGAACGUCAUCAUAAAAUGAAAUAUCGAAAAAAUAAUUUACGUGUAUCACUUACAAAAUCUCAACGUCAGUAUGUUGCAAUGAUUGGUGAUGGUGUUAAUGAUAGUCCAGCAUUGGCUCAAGCAGAUGUUGGUAUAGCUAUUGGUUGUGGUGCAGAUGUUGCUGUUGAAACUGCUGAUGUUGUACUUAUACGUAAUUCAUUAAUUGAUGUAGUUGGUGCUAUUGAUUUAUCGAAAAAAACUGUACGUCGAAUACGAUGUAAUUUUAUCGCUGCUACAUUAUAUAACCUGAUAGGAGUACCUGUUGCUGCAGGUUGUUUAAUGCCAUUCGGCAUCGAAUUAACACCAUGGUUUGCAUCAGCUGCAAUGGCAGCUUCAUCUCUUUCUGUCAUAUUUCUUUCAUUACUUUUAAAACGUUGGCAAAAACCAACACCAGCAUCUCUUAUCUGUCCAGAAUAUGUGAAAUUCCUUAAUUCACGAUCAUAUGAAGCUAAGGUAAUACUUUAAUUGGGUAGUAAGAAUAAUUAUUCAUUGUUAUUUUUUGUCGUUAAUUAUUAUUAGCUUGGCAUAUUCAACAAUAAGUGGUACACAUCACCUUACCUCAUAGAUUUCGGUUAUCGAUCGUAAGAUGUGGAAGUACAUAUGAAACCAUUUACAAAAGCACUGCGUACAAUUGACCUCGAAAAGUUGUUCCUUGAGUUCUGUGGGCAUGUUUCCAGGUUCUAAAGACUACCAACCCUAAUCUAGUUUCCUUCCCAAUUCUCUCAAAAAGAAGUAUCUUUUCAGGGUGAAAGCAACAGCUAAAUAACAAUCUCACUCAUGUUUUUGACUAUACUCGAGAUCACUUAGAAUCUUUGAUGGCAAUCAAUGGCGAACAAAUUUCAGUGAAAUUUGGAUCCAGAUCUUUUUUAUCAGGCUUCUCACCGUACUUUUAAAGUAAAAUACAGUUAUGCAAGACAAUUUUGAUGUAAAAGAACGAUGGAAAUAUUUUCUCCUUUCACGAUAUACUACCAUAACACAAUAAUAGGUCUGGAGGACCGAAAUUAGACUACCAUCAAGCUGAAUUCUCGAUCGAUGGGCUGUACACAGACUAGAUCACGUUAUAUCAGAUAUAUGAUUUUAUUAAUUUAUUUGAACACAUAAACAUUGGUACAAGGUGGCACCAAAUAUAUAUGCGCUACACAAUGGCAAUGAGACCAGUAUCAGUUAUCGUUGAUUUGUGUGAGGACUGUGAUACUGCCCGGACACUCGAACAGAGGCAGGUGGUUUUCUUAGGUACCUAAACCCCGAGCGUUUGACCUAGAGGUCUAAUCCACAAAGUAGUGGGGGAACGUAAGGAGAUGCAACCCCAUGGCAACAGAUGAACAACGAUUGGUUCAUACACCAUUUGUUCCUUCAGGAUCUUGGAGCCCAUGUGCACCAUUGAUUUGGAAUCAGGGUUUUCCAACUCCGCUAUGUGGAUCUUCCAAAUCCACCAACAUGGUUAAAGCGCCGUACAUUCUAUUUUCGUCCUCUCAAUUCCUCAAAAAAAAACAGUACUGCCACGAGGAGGCAGUGAGUAGGACUUCCCUGACAGUGGUUGUAUACUGUGACGACGGACCACGGAUGAACUCGAGGAAGCUAUAAGAGGCUCAGAAGGAGCCGAAGAUAUUCCAUCUAAUCACCGUUAGGAAGGAUAUUCUAGAAUCCCUACGUGUAGCUUCCCGAUUGGACAAGGUAAUAACCCCCUGUAUGUGGAUUGGAGGACUAUAAUGAUGAUUUUUAUUCUUACUAAAACUAUAAAUACCUGACAAUUUGUACCCAUAAUUGACACUGUUUGGAAUAACAUUCCUUUCACUAGUCUUCUGUCUUCUCUUUGCGACUUGGAAGGGUUUUGGCGUUCGUGUGUUCAGUUGUACGCGUUAUAUCAAGUAAAUCAACCAUUUCUAGAUAUAACAUAUACGCGUGGCCAUGUGAUAACAUUUCGAGGGGAGAGUUGACUGUCCUCACCCUCGGCUGUACCCGGGCAUUUGGGGACGAUACGUGAUUUACUACCGAAGAUGGAGAACCAGAGUGGACUAGGCAAUACUUUAUUUCACACAAUAACAAACAGUUUACACUGAGUGAAUCGAAAAUAGAAAUCAACAACAUGAUAGGAAACCACUGUCAAUAGACUCAAUUUCUGUUUUUUCCCACGCUCAUUGGUCAACGAUUGUUCGCCUUCAUUAACUACGUAUCAAAGUUUCAAACUUGUAAUCUGAUUUUUAAAAUCAAAGCACUAGAACUACAGCCUCCACGUAACUAAUAUUUUACCAAUAAUUCUGUUAGUCAUGAGCGACAUAGAACGUGGCACAUGUAUACAGCCAGUGUUGUACCAUAUAACGGCAAGAUGCAAUUCUCAUGAUAAGUACCAAAGUAGUGAAAGCAGUAGUACUAAUAGUAUCAAUAAUAAAAACUAACAGUUUUAGAUAUAUAAAAGGUAGUUUGAGAAGAAUAAAUGUUCAAAAUAAAGUGUAUAAAAUAAUGUUAGAAUUCAGAAGAGAACGAGUGUAUGCGCGAAAUUGAUUGAAGAAACUCUCAAUAUUAGCGUUUCAACGUAUCAUACAGGAUUAACAUUUGCUGAAAUUAUCUUUGAAAAAAGACAGAGUUUUAUUCAUUUUCAGAGGUAGUAACGAAAGCAAUAGAUGAAGCAGUUAAAAACAGUUUAUCAGUUUCCAUCAUAAUGCAAUUAUAGUUUCAAUUGUCCAUUGAUAUCCUAUAACUCAGUUUUUACCUUAUGUUAUGGAUUUAAAAUUUGAACUUCAUCGUCAAUGUCAAGUACUAUGUUCGAGUCGCGAUGUGACCAUCAACACUGCAGUGCAGAUAAGUCCAGCUGAUGAGUCCCAAGUAGGACCAAACUCAUGAUGGUCAACAGAAUUAUUCUAGACUAAACUUUUUAUGGGGUCUUGAAAUUUUUCUCAAUGUUCAUCUCCUAAAUAACUGGUUAUUUAACAAAACCACUGGUAAAUCUUUCAUUAUGCAUACUAUAUUUUAAAUAGUUUACAUGAAAGAGUGCACUUCUAAUGAAAUCAAGUAUAAACAUCUAAAAGAUGAUUGAUAUAUAUGGGAUCAUUUAUGAUUAUUGUAAACUUUCAUAAGUUGAUAUUUUAGUAGGUUAAAAAUUACUAGAUGUCAAUUCAGAAAUUAACUCUUCUUCGUGGUAGUGUUCAGUCCUAGAUGAACACUUUGUUUGUUUGUAUUUUGUUUCUUGCCCCUAAGAUUUUCAGAAAUUUCAUCCUUUGUUUUUAUUCAUCAUUGUAUUACAUGUUAAUAAAUAUAAAAGACCUUUGUAUUAAUUUCUUAUUUGAAUUAAACUUUAAUUGAAAGGUUGUAACUUUUAGUUUCAUCAGAUUUUUAAUCUUCGUUAAAAUUUCCUACAGUUGAACGGAUCAUCAAUAUCUUUUAGAUUAAAGAGAAUUUUUUGUUUUAAAAUUUAUGUAGGGAAACUUAAUAGUGAUCAUCAAUGUGUGUUUUGAUUUUAUACCAUAGUUUCCAUUACUAUUCUGAGUUCUUCUUUAAGUGAACAACUGGAUGUUCCCAUUUUUUACGUGUUGUACACACAAACAACAUCAAAUCUUGAUUUAUAUAACAUGUGUCAACUACAUAAUUUCCAAUUCUGAUAACAGUAAUACUUUUGAAGAUUAUAUUUUAUGUGAGAUUAUUUGCUAACACUACAUAUACACUUCAUUUUUAGAUUAAAUCCGGACAAAGACGUGAUAGCCAACUUUCAUCAGGACUGCAUAGUUUGACCGAUAAAGUAUUAUCAUUACGUGAUAAUUUACGCACUGUACUUACUCGUCAUCAUCGUAUUUCACAAAUACACACUAAUAUAGAAGCAGUGGAUAAUCAAAAUUUACUAGAUACCUACAAUAACGACGGUGACAAUGAAUCUGAAGAUGAAAUAAUGAAUACGCAAAAUUCUUUCAUUGAAAAAUCAUUUAUCUCAUUAGGUGCACAAAAUUUUACGGAUAAUGAGAACAAUAUUUCUCUGGAGAUGCGAAAAGCGCGUAGCUGGAGUUCUCGAACAUGUCGAUAGUCAUCUCUAUUAUUUCUUCCAAAGAUUAGUUUUUUUCUGUUUUUGCAUCGUUUGAUUAGAUGACUCGAUGUUAGUUCCUAACUGCUUUUCUUUUUACCCAAAACUGAUUUAAAUAAAUAAAAUAUGAUACAUUCCUACAGGUUAGUCGAUAGUUGGCAUAUUUUACAGCCUUGAUGCAUUUCGUCUCGUCACUUGUUUGUUGAUUUUGUUUUUCUCACUUUUGGCGUCUCAUUGAUACACAAAUUUUCAUUUCUAAUUUCCAUUGGAAUUACUCUGCUGGGUCUCUCGAUCUGUAAUCUUAUUAUAUUGGGUUUUCUAUUUUGCUUCAUUUAAUUUCUUACUAUCUGUAAAAUUGUUAAUGCAUCCAAAUAUCACUUCUUGAUAUUAUUUCUCUUCUAAUUCUUGUUUUCGCCCUCAAAUUGUGUUAUUUCUUUCUCUGACUAUUGUGAUAUACCAUUACUUACUGAUAGGAAAACGUGUACAUGUUUGAAAAGAAAUUUUUGCUUUCUGUGAUUCCGUACUUAUAUAAACUUAAGCAGAUAAUAUUGAUGGUAAUGUUUUGCUUUUUUAUUGAAUUUUGAAAAUGACAAAGUUAAUUUGCUAUAAAUAGCUAAAUACUUUUUGUGUU